AUGUCUGCCGAGGAGGUCGCCAAGGCCUUCGUGCAGCACUACUACACCACGUUCGACACGAACCGGGCGGGACUCGCUAGUCUUUACCAAGAUGUGUCCAACUUGAGCUGGGAGGGUCAGAUGUCCACGGGCCAGCAAGCCAUCAUGGCCAAGCUGCAGGCUCUACCGGCCGUACGCCAUGAGUAUCCGACUGUGGACAUCCAGCCGUCUACUUCGGGCAACGCCAUGAUCAUCUUCGUGCAGGGCAAGAUGCAAAUCGAGGAGAACAACCCCAUCCAGUUCACGCAGGUGUUCCAGCUCGUGGCUCACCAGCCUGGUCAGUAUUACAUCCACAACGACGUCUUCCGUCUGCAGUACGGAUAA